UAACCAAACUCAAAUUAUUACAGUUGGGUUCUGCUGGAUUCUUUAGAGCCCUUCCUCCGUCUAUAAUUUUAUUUCAUUCAAAAGUGCCACUCUCACAAAAUUGAAAACAACGACGUCGCUUAGAGGUCCUAGAUAAACCUUAAAACCUGCAAAUCCGUUUCUCCUCUGCUUCUCUAUGAACCCUUUAUGUCAAUCCACCACCGCGGCGAGUGACAGUUAACGGCGACUGGGUCUACCAUUUCUGACCAGUCAGCAUAUCAUAUUAUCAUACCAUAUCAUAUAAUGGGAGCAAUUUGAAGAAGAUUUCAGCUCCAAACUUAAAUGAUGCAGCUGCUGUCACUGUCACUGCCACAAAACAAUUGUUUCCUCAGUAAGUCCAGCUUUCUCCCAUCUGCACCCAGAAUUUAUUUAUUAAAUAGUAAGAAAUCCAGACAUGUUUCUCUUUCUAUCUCUUGUUAUUCUACCAAAAUUGUUCGUGAUGCUAAACUUGACAAGCAUGUUGUGAGGCAAAACAAGAUACGCUUUGUUCAGAAGCUCAAGACUUUGCUCCUUUCCAAACCAAAACACUAUAUUCCUCUUCAUAUCCUUUCCAAAUGUCGCUCCUACCUUUCGCUUCCUGAUCGCCGUUCCAUUCGCUCCAUGAUCCUUCGAUAUCCUUCCAUUUUUGAACUCUUCACAAUCCCGAUACCACAUUUGCCAUUCAAUGCUACAAAGCCAUAUUCUCAACUAUGUGUUCGUCUAACCCAGUCUGCAGCAGCACUGGCUGCUCAGGAACUUGAACUGCAAUCAGCCAUUGCUAACAACUUGGCCACCAAGCUUCAAAAGCUUUUGAUGCUCUCUUCACAUCACCGGCUCCUCUUAUCAAAGUUGGUUCACCUUGCCCCAGAUCUUGGCCUACCCCCUAAUUUUCGGUCGCGCCUCUGCAAUGACCACCCUGAAAAAUUUAAGACUGUUGACACCUCUUAUGGCCGUGCAGUUGAGCUUGUAACAUGGGAUGCACAGUUGGCUAUUCCUUUACCUCGUGCUGAUGCUUCACUUGAUCUGAUAGUAGAUAGACCUUUGAAAUUUAAGCACCUGAGACUUCGAAAGGGGCUUAAUUUAAAGAGACGUCACCAGGAUUUUUUGAUCAAGUUUGAAGAACUUCCGGAUGUGUGUCCUUAUAAGACAUCUUCAGAAGAAUUUGCUAGAGAGUCUGUUGAAGCAGAAAAGAGAGCCUGUGCCGUGGUAAGAGAGAUCCUGGGAAUGACAGUAGAAAAGAGAACUUUAUUGGACCAUUUGACACAUUUCAGGAAGGAAUUUGGAUUUUCCAACAAAUUGAGGGGAAUGAUUAUUAGGCACCCCGAGUUAUUCUAUGUUAGUGUAAAAGGUCUUAGAAAUUCUGUGUUAUUGGUUGAAGGAUUUGAUGACAAGGGUGUGCUUUUGAAGAAAGAUGAAAUUUCAGCUAUGAAGGAUCAGUUGAUGAGGCUAGUUAGCCAGUCAAAGACAAUGAGAAGAGAAAGAAGAAAUGGUAUUGUGAUGAACACCAAUGACAUUAGAGAUUCUGAUGAUGCCAGUGAUGAAUUUGACGAUAUCGAUGAUGAUUAUGAUGAUGGUUUUGAGAACGUGUUUGAGUCUGAAGAUUCAGGUUUUGUUUACGAUUUUGAUAAUGAUCUGCAUGCGAGUUGUGAGAUUGCAAGCCAUGGUGAGCACGGAGGAUUUUGGACUGUAGAUGGUUCCAAUGAGGAAGGACGAUCUUCUGAACCUUGGUAACCACUGAAUGACAUUGUAUAUAACUACUUAAAAUUGUAUACUGUGCCAUUUAAUGUAUAUUGCUAACUGAUUAUCCAUAUUUUUGGAAGAAAUGAAUAUACAAUUACAAGUGAA